AUGUAUCUAGCACUUGUAAACAUUAUUCCCUCCGUCUUCCAUAUGGCGUUUUUGUAUUUCUUUCUCCUAGUUAUUUCUUCUUGCGGUGUUGAUGCAAUGGUUUUUACAUUGCAAAACAGAUGCAACAAGACUAUAUGGCCGGGGAUCCAAGCAUCUGGAGGACAACCGCUACUCAUGGAAGGUGGUCUUGAGCUGAAACCUCUACAGUCAAGGAAUUUAACAGCACCAAAAGGAUGGUCCGGCAGGUUUUGGGGUCGAACUGGAUGCACAUUCAAUGUUUAUGGUUUGGGAACGUGCACCACCGGUGAUUGUGGAAGUGGUAUCUACUGUAAUGGUGCCGGCGGUGAACCCCCAGCUUCCUUAGCUGAGUUCACCCUCGACAGCCCUGUGGAUUUCUAUGAUGUGAGCCUUUUAGACGGAUACAACAUUCCCAUGUCGAUAAUUCCACAGGAUGACUCUGGCCUUUGCCCCAGUGUUAGAUGUGACACAGAUUUGAACCUACAUUGUCCGCCUAAUUUGCUAGUUAGAGGGGAUCGUGGACAGAUUGUGGCAUGUAAAAGUGCAUGCACGGCCUUUCAGUCGCCUGAAUUUUGUUGUACUGGGCAGUUUCAAAAUCCAAAUAGAUGCAAACCAACAAAAUACUCACAGUAUUUCAAGCGGGCUUGCCCGACUUCAUUUACCUAUGCUUUUGACGACUUGUCUAGUACUUUUACCUGCCGAGAAUCAGAUUACGUGAUCAGGUUCUGUUAA